AUGAUCGAGGAUUCGCAGUACGACAAGUGGUUGGCAUGGUUAGCGAUCUUUCCGCAGAUAGCAAACGUUGAAAUACCACGCUGCUAUCGAGUGCAAACACCUGGUGGAUCAAGUACCGUAGUGCAAAUGCAUACAUUUGUUGAUGCAAGCGAGAACGGGUUUGCUGCGACGGUGUACCUACGAUUCGACAACGGCGAUACCGUCGAUUGCACACUAGUUGGUGCCAAAACAAGAGUUGCGCCGCUCAAGUUUCUGUCGAUUCCUCGUUCCGAACUGCAAGCGGCAAUCAUCGGUGUGCGUUUUGCGGAUACCAUUUCGAAAUCACUCUCUAUCAACGUCAGCCAGCGAACGUUCUGGACAGACUCCAAGGAUGUACUCUGUUGGCUGCGUUCAGAUCACAGGCGGUACAGCCAGUUCGUGGCGUUCCGUGUCAGCGAAAUCCUCGAGACUACGGAUAUCAUCGAGUGGCGAUGGGUGCCGACGAAACACAACGUUGCUGACGAAGGAACGAAAUGGAAAAGAGCCCCCAACUUGUCAAGUGACAGCCGCUGGUUCCGUGGACCGGAGUUCCUUCUCCUCAAAGAAGAAGAUUGGCCUGUGAAUCCGUUUCCUGGAAGAACUACCGAGGAGGAUUUACGACCGCAUCUGCUUCUGCACACUCAAUCUAGUGAUCCAGCAAUUCAUCCACCGGAUUUCUCGAAGUGGACCGACCUGCUACGCGUAACGGCCUACGUACUGCGUUAUAUCAAUAACCUGAAACGUUGCUGCUACGGCCGACCGCGAGUGUCGGGACCGCUGAAAAGACAGGACUUUAUCGAUGCAGAAAAUCAUCUGUUUCGCCAGGCUCAAUCUACCACUUUCGCAGAAGAGGCAUCUAUCCUUAUGGAGAACCGUCUGUUGAAGGAUCCAGCAAAAACGGUUCCCAGAUCAAGCCUGCUCUACCAGUGGUGUGCCUUUCUGGAUGAAAAUGACGUGCUGCGUGUCAAAGGUCGAACGAAGGCCUAUAUAUUUAUCGAUCGAGAUGCAGCCGAACCGGUGAUUCUUCCCCGGGAUCAUCCUGUUACUCGCCUCAUCAUCUCUGCAGUACACGAUAGAUUCAAUCAUCAAAACCACGAGACGGUGGUGAACGAGAUACUGCAACGCUACCGUAUUCCUCGCCUGAAAGCAGCGUACCAUCAGAUCCGGAAAGACUGUCAACAAUGUAAAAUCCUCCGCGCCAAGCCGCAGCCACCAGCAAUGGCUGACCUUCCUCCAGCUCGCCUGGCCGCCUUCACUCGUCCCUUCACUCACACGGGAGUGGACUACUUCGGUCCGAUGAAGGUAUCGGUUGGAAGACGUACCGAGAAACGGUGGGGGGUUCUCGCCACUUGCUUAACCACUCGCGUCAUCCAUCUGCAGAUCGCUCACUCACUGACCACCGAUUCCUGUGUAAUGGCCAUUCGGAACAUCAUGGCUAGAAGGGGUAUACCUGCUGCGAUCUAUAGCGGCCGUGGGACCAAUUUCCGAUCUGCAAGUAAGGAGUUACAGAGUGCUACAGAAAAACUCGACCAUGAUGCGCUAGCGAAGGAGUUCACCUCCAGCCACACUGAGUGGUCUUUCAACCCUCCCGUCACGCCUCACAUGGGUGGAGCAUGGGAGCGUUUGAUUCGGAGUGUCAAGCAGAACCUCGGACGAAUGCAAACGAGCAGAAUCCCGACUCCCGAAGUACUGGAGAACACGUUGGUGGAGAUCGAGAAUAUUGUCAACUCCCGUCCUCUGACCAACGUACCAAGCGAUGGUGACAAUUUCCCGGUUUUGACGCCCAAUCACUUUCUCUUGGGAUCCACCAACGGCCUGAGAUCGUGGGCUCCUCUGGACGAUAGCCCUAUUCUGCUUAGGAACAGCUGGAAGCAGCCGCAGGUGAUAGCGGACGCGUUCUGGAAGCAGUGGGUUCAGGACUACCUGCCUACAAUUACCCGUAGGACUAAGUUGUUCACACCGGUGAAGCCGAUCACAGUUGGAGAUCUGGUAAUCAUUGUGGAUCCGGAGCUACCACGAAACUGCUGGCCAAAAGGCCGAGUGAUUGCCACGUGUCCGGCUCCAGAUGGUCAGGUAAGGUGGGCUACCGUGCAAACCGCAUCGGGGGGUAUCUACGAACGACCAGCGGUGUCUUUGGCUGUACUCGACGUAGGCGUUUGA